AUGUGGAAAUCAAAUUAUAAGCACUUGUGUGUCGGCAAUGAUAACGGAUCCGUUGAUAUCUUUGAGUACCAGAAGAAUAAAUUAGAGUUAAGAUUACGAAUCUAUUCAUUCAAGAGAGCGAUUCUAUGCGUCAAAUGGAAUUCAAAUAAAGAUGAAGAGACGUCCAAUUGGUUGGCCAUCAGUUCUUAUGACAAUUACAUUCACUGCUAUUCGUUAUAUAAUUAUUUUAAAUGUGUUGACAAUGGAGUCGACGGCACGGCUAGUGUUCCCACAAUUUCGCGACCGAAUUAUAUAUUGAAAGGACAUUCCGAUAGGAUAUCAUCUAUGAGUUGGUGUCCAUUCGACUCAAACAAAUUGGUUUCCGUAUCGUAUGACAAGACAGCACUGAUUUGGGAUGUAUUGAAAGAGAAACCAUUGAUUAAGUUUAGUGGUCACAGAGGAAUACUGUAUUCUGUAGUGUGGAGUGCUUUCGAUGAGGACCUUAUCUUUAGUGGUGGUGAGGAUAACUACUUCCAUGCGUGGCGUCCAUCAAAACAAAUGAAUGUUUUUGACAAUAGUCUAAACGAUAGGUUGCUUUCAAAGGAGAAUAAUUAUUGGCCACAUCUCGACGAUACGGUUCCGAGCGAUGAGAAGUGUGUGGCGAAUGUGCUUAAAGAGGUCGUAGAUAAAAAAAUAGAGGACAUCGAAGCCGUGUUUCAGACAAUCAAUGGACAGAAUAUAUCUGAAGAAAGUCGUGAAAGAACUCUAUUAUAUGGCAAUUACGAUGACAUUAAGGAAUUUGUUAGGAAUGAGAUUUCAAAUCACGUAAAACAAGGAAAUAAUGAACAAAAGGAUAUCAUAAACCUUUUGGUAGACAUUAAGUCUACGAUUGAAGAAUCGAUUGAGAAGAAGGCGACGAAUCCUUAUUUGGUUUCCCUUUCGAUAUACGCUUCGAGAAAUCACUGGAAAGAGUCGUGUAAACUAUUGGCUCAACAUUUACUCGAUUCAGAGUCAGAGAUGUCUUCUUAUAAGAUGUAUACCAUUGAGAUGUCAGCCGUUCUUCUUGUGUCUCAAAAUAGCAUCAAAGAAGCGAUCGAUUUAUUACUUUUGAAUCAUUUAUUCCGCGAGGCAUUGAUUGUGGCAAAAGUCAGGUAUCAGAGCGAAGAAGUUAUUCAACAUAUUAUGACUCAAUGGGCGACACAUCGGAAGAAUGGCGGGGACUUUGAAGGCGCCGCCAAAUGCUUGACAGCCAGCACUGGAGGUCAACUAUUCAGACCCGGUUUAGAGCCACAAAGCAUAAUCAAUUCAUUCCUAACGCCUGUUCUGCCGAGAAGUGAAUGUGUGGCCACCGCUGACAACAGAAUAGGCUUAUAUCAGGGAACGUGUAAGUCAGUGAUCACAGCCAAUGAGACAUAUUUUGUGUCGCCCUCAUACCCGGCUCUCAUCACCGAACGUCUGGACCCACCCUAUUGUAUAUUCACACUCCAACGAAACCCAUUGAUCAUCAAAUGGCCCGUAUGUCAGAUCAGACUUGAUUUCGAAGAGUUCAGUCUCGCGCCGCCCAUUAACGGCACGUGUAAUAACGGAGUAACCGAUUCUUUCAUCGUCUCGGGAGCCACUAAUUUCAAUCAAUCCGGUCUUCCCGGCGAAGGGCUUUGCGGAGAACUCACGGGUCAACACAUUUAUUUGGAUGUCGACCCGAAGGCCACGGAAGACCCUCUCCUAUUGAUUGUCAAUACGGCUAACGAACAACAGUAUAACCGGAAAUGGAGUAUUCGUAUACAACAGGUCGAGUGCCGGUCGCCCUUCAGAGCGCCUUCCGGUAGUCUUCAACACUAUACCACUCCAUCAGGAAUUGUGGAAAGUCUUAACUUCCGAGGUAUAGGCAAAGCGAUGCCGAUUCUACUGCCGGGACAAGUGUUGGCUCCGCUGGCAUUUCCGGGUGUCUUCCAACAGAUCAAUGUGUUUCCGUCUCCCAAUUACUUCAAUAAUAUGCAUUACGGCAUCACAAUUGCCAAACAGCCCAAAAUGUGUGGCAUUCGAUGGGCCGCCAAUACUAUGGACUUCGGCGGCAUAAAUGUCGAUCGAUCCGGCGUUGAGACCAAUUGCGUCAAUAUUCUCACUGAUACCGGGGAUUACAUUACAAUACCAGACAGUUCUGCAAAUGGCAAUAAUCUACUCGUUAACAGAUUCUGUGGACAAAAAUUGAGUCCAAAUCUGGCUCCUCUUGGAUCCAAUGUGAAUGAAGAUGUUUUUACCUAUUUGAAGCCAUUCCAGCUGUACGUGCACUCAGACGCCUUGGGCCAAUUGUGCUUGCGGCGUUAG